AUGGAGACAGAGCAGAAUGCAGCAACAGACAAGGCUGACGCAAGCCAGAACGCAGAGCUGAACUACUCAAGUGUGGAGGAGAAGAAAGAAACCUUAUGGCAGGCUGAGGGAACAGUGUUUGCAGUAACCUCUCCUUGUCUCUUCCUAGCCCUGAAAGUAGCAAAUGUCAACUGGCAAACCAAGCUGAACAAAGCUGCUCACCACACCUCCGACUACAGCAGCAGGGAGGCAAUCCUGAGGAGAGGUCAGGCCUUCAGCAUCACUCUGAACCUCAAAGGCACAGCACAGGCUGGGGAAGACUUCACCUUUGUUGCAAGCACAGGACCAUCGCCAUCAGAAUCACAGCAGACCAAGGCCAUAUUUAGCCUUUCUGAGGAGGAUGCCAGUGGCUGGAGUGCAGCCCAGGAGCCCAGUGAGCCUGGCUGCAUGACCUUCACCAUAGCCAGCCCAGCCAACGCUGUCGUGGGGCGAUACAAGCUCAAGCUGCAGACGGUUUCUGGGAACAAGGUCUCCUCAGUGCCCCUGGGACACUUUGUGCUGCUCUUCAAUCCCUGGUGCCCAAAAGAUGAAGUCUACAUGGCCAGUGAGAAGGAGCGCAGGGAGUAUGUCCUGAAUGACAGUGGCAUCAUAUUCCAGGGGCUGGACAAGUGCAUUGAGCAAGAAGCUUGGGACUAUGGACAGUUCGAAGAGGGCAUCCUUGAUAUCUCUCUGGCUAUACUGGACCGAAGCCUGAACCACCGCCAGGACCCAGCUGCUGACGUCUCCAGCCGCAGCAGUCCUGUCUACGUGAGCAGAGUUGUCAGUGCCAUGGUUAACAGCAACGACGAGAAAGGAGUAGUGGAAGGGAAGUGGAGUGGGAAGUUCCGCCGGGGAACCAACCCCCUGCAGUGGAGCGGGAGCGUCGCCAUCCUGCGGCAGUGGCACCGCAGGCGGUGCAGACCUGUCCGCUACGGCCAGUGCUGGGUCUUUGCGGGAGUGAUGUGCACAGUUCUGAGAUCCCUGGGAAUACCUACUCGUGUCAUUACAAACUUCAACUCUGCCCACGACAGGAACAUAAACCUGAGUAUUGAUAAGUACAUCGAUGCUUCUGGGAAGACCUUGGACCUGAGUGAAGACAGUGUGUGGAAUUUCCACGUGUGGAACGAAUGCUGGUUCACCAGAAGAGACCUUGGUUCUUUCUAUGAUGGAUGGCAGGUUCUGGAUGCAACACCCCAGGAGAGAAGCAAAGGCAUAUACCAGUGUGGCCCUGCCUCCACCAGAGCCAUUAAGGAAGGGGAUGUGAACCUGGACUACGACAGCCCCUUUGUGUUCGCAGCUGUGAAUGCUGACUACGUCACCUGGAUCCACCACAGCAGGAAAAGGAGAGAGAGAAUUUACUCUGACACCAGGAGGAUUGGGAAAUUCAUCAGCACCAAAGCAGUGGGCACCAAUGCCCGCGUGGACGUCACUGCCAGCUACAAAUACCCAGAAGGGUCCCUCAAGGAAAGAAGAGUGUACAAGAAAGCUCUGAGGCUGCUGGGUGUGAGCAGCACUGGCAGGAGAAGACGGAGAAGACGACCAAAGAGGGCCCAGCCUGCGCGGAAGCCUGGCAUCUCAGGGAAGCUGCUCCUCGGUGCCCCUCCUGUCACAGGCCAGGACAUCCUCCUGACCUUGGCACUCAGGAACUUGAGCUCGGACUUCAAGAGCAUCAAGGUUAAGCUGAGGGCUUCAGCCGUUCUCUACACCAGGAAACCCAAGGCAGAGAUUUUGCAGCUGUCCAGGUCUGUCCAGCUUGGCUCUGAAGAAGCCAAAGAGAUCUCCUUCACCAUCUCCUAUGCCCAGUACAAAGACUCUCUGAAGGAAGACAGGAAGAUCCUAGUGACAGCUCUGUGUGAAAGCAAGCAGGGAGCCUCACUUCUGGUGGAAAAGGACAUUGUACUCCAGAACCCUUUCCUCACCAUCCAGGUCCUGGGCCCAGCAGUGGUACACAAGGCUGUUGAUGUGGAGGUGACCUUCACCAACCCCCUGGCCGAGGCUGUGACUGACUGCGUGCUGAGAGCAGAAGGCAGUGGCCUGCUCAAAGAGCAGCUCAGGAUCAGCGUGGCGAGCAUGGCUCCCCUGGAGAGCACCACAGUCCACUUUGAAAUAGUUCCCUACAAAAGUGGCAUCAGGCAGCUUCAGGUGGACUUAGUUUGCAUCCACUUUUCAGACAUCAAGGGAUUUGUGAUGCUUGAUGUGGCCCCUGCUCACUGA